UGUUUUCCAAAAAUCGAAAAAUUUCUACAUUUAUAGAAAAGUAGCUUUUAAAUGCUAUAAAGUUUUCCGUUGUCACAGUUCACAGUCAUCCUCGUGAUAAGUGGACGACAAAUAACAAAUUAUUUUCAAUCUUGUCCUAAAACUACGUCUCGUUUUGUGUUUCGAAAUCGUAAAGCAUAACUUUUCUUAAAAUCUCUAGAAUUUGUUGCAGAGUUAAGGUAUGGAAGCUUCAAAAGAACCAGUUGCUGAAGGUGGAUCUGCGGAACUCCAGCAGACCCCAAAGCCUGUUGUUCGUAUGGAUUUUUAUCAAACUGACUCGGAUGUUGUUGUAACAAUCUUUCUAAAAAACCAAAAGCAAGAUGAAGUCAGUGUCGAUUACUCAACUGAGAGCUUUCGAUUGGCCGCUAAAUAUCCAGACGGUUCAGAUUACCUUCGUGAGGUCCAUUUGGCAAAACGCAUACGCCCGGAUGACUGUUCUUUCAAAGUCCUUUCGACUAAGAUUGAAAUAAAACUGCACAAACAAGACGGUGGACCGUGGGCUACUUUGGAAGUGGACAAAUCUAGUAAUAAAGAGUUUAAGCCGCUGUAUCCUAGCUCUUCAAAGAAGAAGUUUGACUGGGACAAAGUUGAGAAAGAUAUUGCAAAACAAGAGAAGGAUGAUCCAGAUGCAGAUAUCAACAGUCUAUUUUCCAAAAUUUUCGAGUCUGGGGAUGAGAAUACAAAGAAAGCUAUGAUGAAAUCAAUGCAAGAGUCUGGUGGAACAGUCUUAAGUACUAACUGGGAAGAGGUUGGGAAGAAACGAGUUGAAAUUAGUCCCCCCGAUGGCAUGGAAUUCAAAAAAUAUUGAUGGGAUGGAAAACUGAUGUAAACUGAAAUAUGUUUCCAGGCUUUGAAUUAAUAAAAAUAUUAUGAUGAACUGUAUGUAUUUAAAAGUAA